AGCUCCCGCGGUCCCAGUCACAUUUCGCCCUCCGGUCGCCCACCUUCCUCUGUUGUCUCCUGCCACAGCCCAUUGCCCGCGGCGUCCAGCGAAGUUUAAUCGCAGCCCCUGAAACGUGCCUAGGUCCUGCCCAGUGGCUGCGGCGGGUCCAUGGAGAAGGGCCCGGUGCGAGCGCCGGCGCAGCCGCGGGACCCCAGGUACAGCAAUGGGUGCCUGGAGGGGGAGCCGCCGCGGCCCGGGCCGAGCCGACCCGCGGAGAAGUCGCCGCGGCCGGAGACCAAGAGAGCCCAGCUGGCGGACAGCUGGAAGGGCGAGCGGCCCCGCAGCGAGGAGGAUAACGAGCUGAACCUCACCAGCCUGGCAGCCGCCUACUCGUCUAUCCUGCGCUCGCUGGGUGAAGACCCCCAGCGACAGGGGCUGCUCAAGACGCCCUGGAGGGCGGCCACGGCCAUGCAGUUCUUCACCAAGGGCUACCAGGAGACCAUCUCAGAUGUCCUAAAUGAUGCUAUAUUUGAUGAAGACCACGACGAGAUGGUGAUCGUGAAGGACAUAGACAUGUUUUCCAUGUGCGAACAUCAUCUAGUUCCAUUUGUUGGAAAGGUCCAUAUCGGCUACCUUCCUAACAAGCAAGUCCUUGGCCUCAGCAAACUUGCGAGGAUUGUAGAAAUCUAUAGUAGAAGAUUACAAGUUCAGGAGCGCCUGACGAAACAAAUUGCCAUAGCAAUCACAGAAGCCUUGCGACCCGCUGGAGUUGGGGUGGUGGUGGAAGCAACACACAUGUGCAUGGUCAUGCGAGGGGUACAGAAAAUGAACAGCAAGACUGUGACCAGCACGAUGUUGGGUGUGUUCCGGGAAGACCCAAAGACACGCGAAGAGUUCCUCACUCUCAUUAGGAGCUGAGCUUUCAGCACGUGCUGUGUGCUUUGCAGACCGUGCCUCUAACAGUAGCAUCAGUUGUCUGGUCUUAAUUGUUUGUACAAUUCCCUUCUCAGUUGUAAGAUGUGAAACUUACUCCUUGUCACUAAUUGUAUUUCAUAAUUAUUUAUCGCAGGUUAAAUAACAAUAACUUUAGUAAAGGGGUAGGUGCUCUAUUCUCUUCUAGCCACCACUGAGUGGCAACGUUCAAGCACACUGCCGAUAGUGUUAAGCUGUAUGUGUACUCCCCCUGCCGUUCUGACAACCUGAGGGUGCUGGGGAGGGAGAAGAACUCACGUACUUUGUUCAAAUAGUACGGUGAUUUGGUUGAUAAGCAUAGGGGUGUUGGGAAUGGGAGGAAAUAUGGCCAAUAUUCUGCUUUUUCCACUCCCCAAACAAAAAUGGUAUAGAGCUUAAAAUAAUUUAUUGUAUAGUGUGCAGCAUCGCUCUGCAAAUUCAAAGUCCAACAGGCUCCACUUUAAUCAUGUUUAUUAAACUGCCCGUAACGCUUUAUUUUUUAAAUAUUUAUUUUUUAACUGUCUAGUUGUAACGUUAAUCACCAAGGGAAGGUAAUGAAAUACCUAUGUUUUUGAUUUUAUAGUGAGUUAAAAAGUCACAUUUCUACCUUCUAUUCUUUUUAAAAUUCCAGGGAAUUAGUUCCUGGAGUUGUUUACGAGUGUAUUCUCAUGUCAACAUACAGGGAUUUAGACAUUUAACUCUCUGUGCCUUGAUGAGAAUAUCACACCAUUUAGAGUGUAGGUACCUUUGCCUUCAUUUAAAAGCCAUUAUUUUAUGAGACUUAGUACUGACAUGGAACAUAAAUAGUGCUCAGAGUUCCUUUUGAAGUUUCUUGGGAGCUUACUGUGUGUGUUUCUUGCAGAUGCCUCAAAACUUUUAAAAAAUCUUAUCAGUAGUAUUUCCAGAUAUUCCAGAAACUGUCGAGUGCUCAUGACUUUCAGGUCUGCGGGGCUAUUGCUUCCAUGGCCUUGGAAGGAUGUAGAAGGAGCUCACUGUGGACCGCACUAUGAGCUACGUCUGUCCAAUGUCUACUGACAUUGUGUUGUUGGUGUCUGUGCAGGUGGCCCGUAAUCUUCAGGGAUUACUGGGGAAUACCAGAAGCUCCCGUCCUGGUUUUCCUUGUGGUCCAUGGGACCUGGUCUGCGGUGUUAUCUGUUUAAGCAGGCGAGGUCUUUCAGUCCAGGAAGCUGUUGCCUUAUUAAUGAUUCUCUUAAAAUUUCCUCUACUGGGGCGGUGUGGGCCAAAUUAAAACAAAAUAACCAAACACCCCUGCAAAAACACAAACAUGAUUUUUCAUGGAGAAGCCUCUUGUUUGGGCUGACAAUACUCCAUUACCUGAAGAAGAGUUAAGUACAGCGCUUUCUUUAACUCUGGUAGACCCGUCUCUGCCACUCAGAUGUAUUUUGUUUGGCUUAUGAUGAGGCUAAAUGGCAGAGAUUCUUUUUUUAAACAUUCCUUACUUCCAUUUUCUGCAUUUUUCUAUAUUUGGAUUUUCUAAAGUACAGUGAUGGUUGAUUUUGAGUUCCUUUUAAAAUCAAAGCUAGUAUAAGCAUUAUCCUGCUUAAUAUUUAGACAUUUAGAGGUAGACUUAAGCACUCAACUCAUGUUUGGUAUUUUAAAGUAAAAGCAGGUGUGACUUGGAGGACCAAAGAAAUUGUUAGUAUAAAUUUAUCUUUCUGAGACAAAUUGUAUUCCUUUUUAAAAUGAUUCUUUAACAUUCCCUAGAAGUGUUCUCAUAAAAGUCUAAUGUAUUCACAGGCUGUUGUUUUACUGGUAAAUGCAAAGUAAUUACCUUGUCUGUUUUACUCUGGUCUGUAGUACUUCAAAAUGACCUUUUCAUAUCCAUGAACUUGAGUCCGUUUUGGGGACUUUUAACACUGUGCAAUUAAAUUGUCUAAAUUUUAUGUAUGUGUAUGUUCCUAAAGUUAAUUCUAUUUAAAU